AUGCAAGACCGGGGAUGGGGUCCCCGUCUUCUGUUUCUCGCUCUCCUUCUUCUCAUCCAGCACUCGACUCCAGGGGCCGCGCUGAAGUGGCUGACCUUGGACGGUACUCUCUUCAAUUUUCUCCCUGUGGUCGCCUGUCCUUGUGUUCAGCGGUUCGAACUGCUAUGUCUUCAGUUUGGAAGGUGCUGCGGCGACGGAGUUCGUCCCUGCGUACAUAGAUUUCUAGAUGUUUGUCGUUUCCGAGUCGUGUGUGAGGCGGAAUGUGGUCAAAGGAAGCGCCUUUUUGUUUUAUGGACCUGAUGUUGCCUCUGGAACCUGAGCGCCUCUGGUUGUCUGGCGCUGUAUUGUCCCUGUUGUGCAGACAUCCUGAGAGAACAAGGCCAUAAAAGAGAUGAAAUCCCGCUUGCGAGGCACGAUGAAUGCAUGUAUUAUUCCUAGGGGAUCGGAAAAUUAUUUUCCGGGCUUCUGAAUCUUCCUAUAUUUGAAAAACAUUAAUCGAUGUGGUUCCUGAUGGUUGUUUCUUCUGGUCAACGGGAUAUCACCUGUAUCUCAAAGUUAAAGUCAAUUUCUUCACAUCGAGGAGAUACUAAAGAAGACGUGAUCUUCCGACCUUUUCCAGUGUUUGUCCCUUGAAUCUCUGUCGACCACCUGAUUGACCGGUUUCGGAUUCCGUUGGCUUUGAAUGACCCAACAUACUUAUAUCCUCUGUCAUCUUCCGUAUUAAUCGUCCAUCUUGCGAAGGCACUUGUAUGGGUAUAGUUUUCGAAUUGAUUCAUGUCCCUGCGGUCGUUUUGGAUAGUAUGUUUAUGUGAAAUAUUACAAUUCAUAUUAUCUAUGCUGCAAUGCAAUGCAGGUAAGGAGCCGUUAAUGAUAGCCAAAGGAGGCCAUUCCGGGUUAUAUCCCGACUCCAGUGGAGAGGGAUACGGGACUGCGAAGGAUUAUAGUUUACCCAAUGCAUCGUUGUGGUGUGAUGUGCGAUUGACGAAAGAUGGGUUUGGGAUCUGUCUCCCUGAGCUCACUAUGGACAACUGCACGGAUAUCUCUAAUUGGUACCCUAAUGGUGCUAAGAACUACACGGUGAAUGGUGUGCCUCAGAGAGGAUGGUUCCCUGUCGACUACAGCUUGGACGACUUAUACAGUGUUACUUGUAAGUGAGAUGACUCUGUUGAAUCAAUUUUUCUAACUUUCGGUGAAGUCGUAAUAGGCCCACGCCGCCCAAAUCCCAUAGUGAAGGUCCUUUUUUUUCUUGGAAAAGAAAACAAACACCAUUGAGUUUCGAAGUUCUAAUGCAAAGUAAUGAAGAACUAAUCCAAGUAGUUAAUACGAAUAGACGCCGGUCUCGAAAACGGAUGCAAAUACACAAUACAAUGCUUUCUCCUUGCUUCUCCUUGUUUUAAUCCUUUUUCAUUUGAACAUCACCGCCUUUCUCCUUGUUUCGAAAUCAAUUCCUCUGGUCGUGCAAUGAGAAAUCAGCGUACGAAAAUUACUCUGUAGAUUUUGGAUCGCAGUUCACUCUGAAGAAUUAUGAAUCAGGUACCCAAAUGCCAUUGCACGUCUCUCUGACGAUGUUUCUUCCUUCCUGACCAGUGAACCGAUCGAUUCUCUCUCGAAGUGACAAAUUUGAUGGAUUCUAUCAAAUCCUCACUGUGGACGACUUGCAGCAACUAAAAAAGCUGCGUCUGUGGUUAAAUAUUCAGGUAUGAGAGUGCGAAAAAUCAAUUUAAUUCUUUAGCAUUGCCAUCUUUAUAUUCGCCAUGUCCCUCCCCUGCUCUUCGUUCGGGAAUCUGAGACUGCAGUACACUCUUCUUGUUGAAUACUUUCUAUUUGCCGUAGUAUUGAAGAACCCCGUCGUAUCUUGCAGCAUGAUAAGUUCUACACAGAUCAUAAGCUCAACAUGACGAGCUAUCUGCUCAAUAUUACGAGGACCUUCGCUGUUGGGUACGUGUCAUCGCCGGAGCUGUCCUUCCUGAGACGUGUAGCUCCACGAUUGAAGGGGUCCAACACGAAGGCUAUCUUUCGUUUCCUUGAAUUGGGCGAGCUGGAGCCAUCGACAAGGCUAACCUACGGGUCGUUGUUGAACAAUUUGACCUUUAUCAGCACGUUUGCAUCCGGAAUUAUGGUGCCCAAGAAUUACAUUUGGCCUGUGAAUAAAGAUCUUAAACUGGCAUCUGCUAGCACAUCUGUUGCGCAGGAUGCUCGCAAGGCCGGGUUGAAAGUCUUUGCAGCAGGCUUUGCAAACGACUUUGACUUCGCCUAUGACUACAGUUUUGAUCCAUUGAAGGAAUAUCUGAAUUUCGUGGACAAUGGUAAUUUCUCAGUCGACGGCGUUCUGACGGACUCCCCGCUCACUGCAUCUGCGGCGAUAGGUAUGCUGUUUGAUUACCUGUUUGGUUCCAUGUCUUUCAGAUAGUUAUGGAUGAUGCCUUCCCCCAAUGACUGUUAAAGCUUUGCCUCUCAAAAAGAUUUCUGACAAGUUAUGAAACCCAAUCUAUGUCAGUUUGAUAAAGAGUAAAAUCCAGGCAAGCAUCAUCCAGUUUAGGAACAAAGCAGGAUUAGGCUGUUAAUCCCAUGUGCCCAUGUGGAAACCAGCUGUGAACUCACCCAACCUUCUCAGACAAGAUAAGACUUUUCAGUCCUUCAUUUUCUAAGCUAAGAAGUCAUUGGAAUGGAUUAGGAGACCACACAAACCUGAUUGGAUUCUAUCAUUCGUUUUCGGAUGAUAUUUAGGCAAUUUAGAAUUCAAUACAAAUGUGAUAAUCCAUUAAAAUAGAAGAAAAUAAUAGCGACAACGAUGAAGAUUUUUUUUAUCAAUUCCCUAGUUUAGCUCAAAAACACCGAGAUUUCAGGUCAAAUCAGAAUCUUUUAGACCAUCUCAUAUUUUCAGUUUCACACUUGUAGUCAUCGGCUGUAACGUACCCCUGUCUUGUUUACUCUUUUCAGUCAAGAAUAACCGGCAGCUAUGUCCAUCUGCUCAUCUUGACAUGGAUCGUCUCCCUCCUGAUUCUUGGGUUCUUUCAUGCGCAGUUCGCAAUUCCACAUAGUCUCAAUGCAGUUUCUCAUUGACCCAGCCUACCCAUACAAGCAUAGUACCAGUUUUUAUUUUAUCGAACAGCAGUUUCCUCUCCGGUCUUCAAACUAACAACAAGCGCACUUUUCAUUAAGAUGACUUGCAGUUGACCCCUUCAAAUUUAUUGAUCUGCAUCCGCGAUGUUUACUGGCAUUUCUCCUUGCUCGUGCAGGUUGCCUGUCUCACAUUAACAGCUCCGCGCCUUCAUCUGGUAACACUACGUUCCUAGUCUUUUAUCAUCAUACUGGCCUUUGGAAUUCAUUACAUGGAAGACGACCCGCCGGCUGUUCUAAACUCCAUUUCUGCUUCAGGAAAACCCGUCGUGAUUUCCUACGGGGGAGCUGGGGGAAUGUUCCCGUCCUGCACUGAUUUGGCAUACAAGCUAGCUGUGGAGGAUGGUGCAGACUACAUCGACUGCCCUGUCCAAGUCACCGAAGAUGGAGUUUUGGUCUGCCUGCCUGAUAUAGAUCUCUUCUCGGGCACCACAAUCUCAAAUUCUUCCUUCCGUACCCGUAUUUCUACAAUCCCGGGGAUCAAGAGUACUCCAGGGGCAUACACCUUCAACUUUACGUGGGAAGAGAUUCAGAAAAAUCUAAAGCGUAAGUCAACCUCCUCUUUCUAUCAAGGAGCGGAUUAAGUAAUACGGUAAUAUUGGAGGCACUCGGAGUUUAUUGCCAUAUUUUAUUUAUUUAUACUUUUUAAGGACGCUUCGGCGCCAAAUUCCUCUCUGGAAGCUGGAAUACGAGCAUCGUUUCUUGAAUUCUCUGAAGCGCGGAUAUUUACUUACGGAUCCUUCUCUCUCUCCUCUCUGCAGCUGAAAUAUCGACCCCGUACUUAAAAGAGUAUGGACUGCUGCGGAACCCUUCGAAGAGGAACGCAGGAGCCUUCCUGAACCUCACCGAGUUCUUGGCCCUCGCUAAGGAAAACCCCCCUCGUUCUGGAGUCUUGAUCAGCAUAGAGGUAGCUGCCUUUUACCCUGAAUUUCAUUUCGUCUAACAAACACGCAGUAGCCGAGUAGAACUUGCGCCUUUACCAGACUACUGCUAAAAGUCAACUCCCUACUGCAUUUUAACAGCAGUAGUGUUUCUGGCAUUAAAUGAGCCUGGUGUUUCUGGCGUUAAGGUCUACGCUCUCUUCUUCAAGGUUAUAUGCACCCACAUUUUGGCAUGGAUUCCUUGAUAUUUCAUGUAAAAAUACAUGUCAUUGCGUCAGUUUAGAACCCAUAAAAAUGAGGAACUAUAUUCAUGUUAAUUUCACGUCCGGCUCAGAUUUCGCAAAACGGGUUUCGUCAUCACAUCGGGGUCACAACGCCCCGAGAACUUUGACCCUUGUUCCCACGUUUUUAUGUUCAUGUUCUUCACCAUCGGACUGGUCCUCGUCCUUCUGCUGCAGCACGCUCCUUUUCUGCUGGAGAAUCUUGGCUUCGGCGUGACCGACGAGGUCCUGAAAGCGUUGAACGCGUCGGACCUGAAGCAGGAGGUCAUCAUCCAGUCGACGAACAGCUCUGUUCUGAAGAAGGUGCAGCAGCUGAACUCCUCCUACAAGCUCAUGUACAAGAUCGAGGAGCUCAUUCUCGACGUCGACGCGUCGGCGGUCAAGGAUAUCGCUGGGUUCGCCUCCUUCGUGGCCGUAUCGAAGACGUCGAUAUACCCGGACAACAUAAAGUUCCUGUUGAACAAAACCAGGGUGGUGGAGAAGUUCAAGGCAGAGAAGCUCCCGGUCUUUGCCUACCUGUUCCAGAACGAGUUCGUGUCGGUGUCGUGGGACGUGUACAACGACCCGAUCGCGGACAUCAACCUAUUCAUCAAGGGGGCGGGCGUGGAGGGCCUGAUCACCGAGUUUCCGGCGACGGCGGAGGCCUUCAGAAGUAAGGGUUCUUCUGUUCUCGAUCUUCACUUGCUGUGCCGCCCGUAGGAAGAUUAGGAGCUGAUUCUCACUCUUUGAGGGAUUUGAAAUUCUCGCAGGGAGCCCUUGUUCGGGGGGCAACAGCACUCCGCCUUAUUGGACGCCCGUCACGCCUGGCGAGUUGGUGAAUUUGUCCACACUGCCGGCGCUGCCGCCGUCGCCGCCCCCCCUGGCCGACAGUGACGUUGUCGAGCCGCCAUUGCCUUCGGCGCUAGAAUAA